AUGGCUGCUCCAAGAUCAAAACUCUGCUCUCUUUCUCUGUUAACUCUUUUUUCCAUCUCUAUUAUUCUGAUUUCUCUUUCACUCUUCUUCUUCUUCUCCACAAAGCCUUCUAAUAAACCCUUUAUCGAUUAUAGAGACCAAUUUUCUGUCUCUGUACCUUCUCCCCCUUCUCAUCUGUUUCAUCUCGGACAUAACAACACAUCAAACACUAGUCCGGCUUUAGUUUCUCCUCCUCCUCCCCCUCCUCCACCACCUCCUCCCCCUCCUCCUCCUAUGUUAAUUCUUGGACGAAGCAACACAGGAAACACUACUCUAGCUUUUGUCUCUUCUUCUUCUUCUUCUAUCUCUGAUCAACAGAACCAAAAGAAGACUCCAAGUCCUGCAAGUAAAAGUGUGGUUCUCAAGAAAAGAACUGGGUUGGAUAAAAUAGAAGCAGAAUUGGCAAAGUCAAGAGCAGCAAUUAAGAGGGCAGCUUCAACACAAAAUUAUAUCAGCUCUCUCUACAAAAAUCCAGCCGCCUUUCAUCAGAGUCACACGGAAAUGAUGAAUCAUUUUAAGGUGUGGACAUACACAGAGGGAGAACCCCCAUUGUUCCAUGACGGCCCUGUUAAUGACAUAUACGGUAUAGAAGGACAAUUCAUGGACGAAAUGUGCGUGGACGGACCUAAGACUAGAAGCCCUUUUCGCGCAGAUCAUCCCGAUGAUGCUCAUGUUUUCUUCGUACCAUUUAGCGUCGCCAAGGUCAUACACUUCGUCUACAAGCCAGUCAACUCUGUUGAAGGGUUUUCCCGAGCCCGCUUACACCGCCUUAUGGAGGAUUAUGUUGACGUUGUUUCUACCAAGUAUCCCUAUUGGAACAGAAGCCAAGGAGGUGACCAUUUCAUGAUGUCAUGCCAUGACUGGGCACCGGACGUGAUCGAUGGGAAUCCAAAGUUAUUCGAAAGAUUCAUAAGAGGACUUUGCAAUGCUAAUACCUCGGAAGGAUUCAGGCCAAACGUAGACGUAUCCAUACCAGAGAUCUACAUUCCUAAAGGUAGAUUAGGUCCAUCUUUUCUCGGACAAUCACCGCGAAUUCGAUCUAUACUAGGGUUUUUCGCCGGAAGAAGUCACGGCGAUAUCCGGAAAAUAUUAUUUAAACACUGGAAAGAUAAAGACAAUGAAGUGCAAGUUUAUGAACGUCUGCCUCCAGGGAAAGACUACACCAAACUAAUGGGGAUGAGUAAGUUUUGUCUAUGUCCAAGUGGUUGGGAAGUCGCUAGCCCGAGAGAGGUCGAGGCGAUAUACGCUGGUUGUGUACCGGUGAUCAUAUCGGAUAAUUAUUCGUUACCAUUCAGUGAUGUCCUGAAUUGGGACUCGUUCUCUUUACAAAUACCUGUUUCUAGGAUAAGUGAGAUCAAAACCAUUCUAGAGAGUGUCUCUCUUGUUAGAUACUUGAAGAUGUAUAAGAGAGUCUUGGAAGUGAAGCGGCAUUUCGUGGUGAAUCGUCCUGCUCAGCCUUACGAUGUGAUGCAUAUGAUGCUUCACUCUAUUUGGUUAAGACGGCUUAAUCUUAAGCUUACGUAA